AUGUCGCAAAGAAUAGCCUGCAAAAAUUAUGCUCACGUGUUUAUGUUUGUAUCAUUUAUUAUAUGCUCAAUGUGUUACAUGUUGACAAAGAUUGUACAAAGUAUUGUAAUAAAGAAUAAAUCAUAUACAGCCUGUCUGACACACUAUACUACAGAGAAGAUGGUUAUUUUAUUUUUGUCUAACAUAGCAUGUUUCUUCAUUAGCAUCUAUUAUUACUUCAGACACAACUGGUACUGUGAACAUGGAGUGUACACAUUGUUUGCAGCCUGGGAAUAUCUUGUUGUAAUUACUAACAUUGCAUUUCACUGCAUUGAAGGAGAUAUCCUGCAUGGUGUAACUCUUUUAACUUUUGGAUAUUGCAAGGACAGGACAUAAAGCCACCAGCAUGGUAUUACUUGAGGUGAUAUCUGAUUCAUCAAGUAACCAUUUGCCUACGAGAGCCACAAUUACCGGGGUAGAUAGCUUGUCCACACCAUUAUAUUGGGCAGC